AUGAAUAACAGCUAUAUUCCUGCUUUUGAGUGUCAGCACACACUGGUCAAACAUACUAAACCGUUGAACACUUUGAAAUUAAACAAGGAUGCUACGAUGCUCCUCAGUGGUGAUGACGGAUUGUUACUCAUCUGGAAUAUCCUCAACAGGAGUCUCGAACAAACCAUCUCCGUCACUUUCAAUGGACCUGUCUCUGCUGCUUUCUGGACCCCAAUCUCGCCAAACCGCCCCAGCACUACUUUCACAUUCGGUUGUGCUGAUGGAACAAUGUUUGCUUACCAUCAAACCCAGGAAGACAUAAGAACCUUACCGCACUACAUGUUUAGUUCCAGCCCACGAGGGUCAUAUUGA